AUGAUAGAAGAGGAGAAUGUCUUACCAAAGAAACCACUGAAGAAACCAGAUUAUAAUAUCUUGGCACACCUGAAGAAAGUCCCGGCUUUACUUAGCAUGAAUGAUGCACUGAUGAUGUCAACAGAAGUCAGGGAAUCUUUAAUACAUGCCCUACAAAACCCUGAGGAGUAUCAGGCUUAUUUUGCUGAAAUUAAUAUGACAGAGGCUAUGUAUGCAACACAUACAGUUUCAAUAUCAUUCACCGAUGAAGACUUACUACUUGGAACUGUAGAGCAUAAUAGACCAUUGUAUGUGACAGGGUCUUGUGACGGCAUAAAGAUCAAUCGAAUUCUUAUUGAUCCAGGGUCUUCCUUAAACCUAAUGACCCUCCAUACUCUUCGAGCAUUAGCUCUGGAAAUAUGUCAUUUAUCUCCAGAAAGGAUCAUUAUUCAAGGCUUUAAUCAACAUAGUCAGAAAGCAUUGGGAUCUAUAACUCUCCCACUCAAGUUUGGAAAGAUCAUAUCUGAUGUGAAGUUCCAUGUAAUUGAUGCGGAUGCCUCAUAUAAAGCUUUGUUGGGUAGGCCAUGGAUCCAUGAAAACCGGAUGGUCCCUUCAACCCUUCAUCAAUGCAUGAAAUAUAUGGUGGAUGGAGAAGAACACAGAAUUGAUGGUGAAAUUCAACCUUUUGGUGUCCAUGAAAUACAUUAUGAGGAUACCAAAUACUACCUUGGUAUCUCCAAAGGGGGCAAAAUAUCGAACUUGAUGGAAAAGACUUUGGCAAAACAAUCUAAUGCUAUGUCAAUAUCUAAAAAGAAAGAAUCAGCAUUGCCUCACUAUGGCAGUGAUACUGAAUCUUCAGGAGAUGAAAAUGACACAAGUCAAACUAGAAGGUCUGCCCAAGAAAGCACAUUGCAUAUCACAAGGGUUCCAGAUGGCCUCUGUAAAUCCCUAGAUGAUUUGAAGGUUGACACAGUUGAGCAAUUGAAGACAUUCUAUGUGCUAGCUCGAAAUAUGGAUGGAAGAGGCAUUCUCUUCUACAGAGUUAAAAAUAACAAAAUUUCAAAUGAUGACAUUAUACACAUUGAACAAGAAGAGGAUAGUGAAAUCCAACCUAUAAACUUUCCAAGCCAGUAUCCUAAACAACUCAAGAGGAUAGUUGAAGAGUUUGGGUGCAAAAUAAACUGGUCAAAGAAAUCAUAUCAAAAUUUUCAUCAAUUAUGGAACCAUUCCCAUCCUGACAAGAGAGGGGUAGGUUAUUCUGAACCUUCCAGAUAUUCGUGUUACAUGAUGGAGUCUACAGAAGAAGAAGUUGUUAAGAUGAAAAGUGCACCACCUGAAUUAGAGGAUGGUGGUCAAGCAACAAUUGAUGAGUUAAUUGAAAUCAACUUGGGAAGUGAUGAAGACCGAAGACCAACUUUCUUAAGUGCACAACUGACAGAAGAACAAAAAGAAUCCUUCAAGGCUCUUUUGAAAGAAUAUAUUGACUGUUUUGCUUGGAAUUAUAAUGAGAUGCCAGGGUUGGAGAAUGAAGUAGCUGUUCACAGAUUAGCUAUUGAUCCCAAUGUUACUCCAGUCAAGCAGGCCCCAAGAAAGAUGAAAUUUGUUUUAGAAGAAAAAGUGAUAGAAGAAACAAAAAAGUUGAUAGAAGCAAAUUUUUAUCGGGGAAGAAAAAAAUACCCAGAUUGGGUUUGCAGCAUAGUCCCACGUGAAGAAAAAAAGAAUGGCGAGAUAAGGAUAUGCGUUGAUUUCAGAGAUUUGAACAAAGCAUGUCCCAAAGAUGAUUUUCCUUUACCAGUCAUGGAGAUCAUGAUCGAUAACACCUCUGGGUAUGAGAUGUUCUCCUUUAUGGAUGGAUACUCAGGGUAUAAUCAAAUCAAGAUGCACCCAGAUGAUGAGAAACAUACUGCCUUUCGAACACCUAUGGGCAUAUAUUGUUACAGGGUAAUGCCAUUUGGCUUGAAAAAUGCGGGGGCAACAUAUCAAAGAGCUAUGACCAGAAUAUUCGAUGAUUUGAUUCAUAAGGUCAUUGAAUGCUAUGUAGAUGAUCUGGUUGUGAAAACAAAUUCAAAAGACAAACAUCUUGAUGAUCUGAGGACCGUUUUCAUACGCCUCAGAGAACAUAAAUUGAAAAUGAACCCAAUGAAAUGCGCUUUUGGAGUCCUAUCAGUAAAGUUUCUGGGUUUUAUUGUGAGACAUCGAGGGAUAGAGAUAGAUCCUUCUAAGAUCAAGGCAAUCAUGGAAAUGCCGCCUCCACAAACAUUGAAGCAAUUGCGUUCUUUUCAAGGGCGUUUGGCAUAUAUCAGAAGAUUCAUUUCCAACUUAUCAGGAAGAUGCAAGCCUUUUUCUAAGCUGGUCAAGAAAAAUACACCUUUUAAGUGGGAUGCCGAAUGUCAGAAAGCUUUUGAAGAUAUAAAGCAGUAUUUGCUGAAUCCACCAGUAUUAGCGGCCCCAAUUUCGGGGAAACCACUAAUCCUAUAUACUGCUGCCUUAGAAGGAUCAUUGGGAGCCAUGCUAGCUCAAAACAAUGAAGAUGGCAAGGAAAAUGCAUUAUAUUACCUCAGCAGAAUGUUGAUAGGAGCUGAGAGUAAAUAUACACCCAUUGAGAAGCAUUGUUUAGCCUUGGUGUUUGCAGUGAAGAAAUUGAGGCACUACUUGCUGGCACACAAAAUUAUCCUCAUAUCCAAAAUUGAUCCUCUCAAAUAUCUUAUGACAAGGCCAUUACUCACAGGAAGACUUGCAAAAUGGGUACUGAUCUUAAUGGAGUUUGAUAUAACAUACACUCCGCAAAAAGCUAUUAAAGGGCAAGCACUAGCAGAUUUUUUGGCGGCGCAUCCUCUCCUUGAUGAUUCACCCCUUAAUUAUGAUCUCCCUGAUGAAGAGACGCUUACAGUAGAAGAAGCAGAAUGGCAACUGUACUUUGAUGGAGCGUCGUCCAUAAAGCCAGCACUGAGGUAUGAGCUUCCACAAAUUAAAACCGGGAUAGGACUUGUGUUUGUCACACCUGAAGGAGUAAUCCUCAGAUAUGCACUUUCCCUUACAGAGUCAUGCACAAACAAUGAAGCGGAAUAUGAAGCUCUCAUAGCUGAAAAUCCCCCAAGUGCAGUUGAGCGGGGUUUCAAGAUCGGAAAAAUGGAGAAGCGAUUCUUUGGCAAGAAUAGCGAAAAGAGCUUGCAAAUCCGGAUCAUGAUGAAGUUCAAAUCACUAUAA